AUGAGCACCCGCGCUGCCCGCCAGCUCGCCCGCGGCGCCGUCGACGACCCUGCCUCGGUCCACCCCACCUCGUCCGCCGACUCGCCAGACACCGCUCUCCACACGCACGUCCAGGACCUCGGGCGCAUCUGCCAUGCUCAGCGCAAGUCUUCGAGCGUCGCUGAGUGGGCGAGGCGCAACAUCGUCGUCGCCUUCGUGUCGUUCCUCGUCACGAGCCUUCGGACCUACCUGUGGACGCUCGUCGUCUCGCCCGCCUCGAUCCUGUUCGACCCGCUGUCGACCUUGGCCACCCUCGUCCUGUACCCGAUCAUCGCCGCCGGCCUCGCCGUUCUCGUCGCCACCCUGUACCUCUUCUCGCUCCUCGGCGGCAGGCGCAUCGUCAACUCACUCAGCGCCAAGUACGCCGACGGCUGGAGCAUCGUCAACUGGGCCGACCCGACCCUCUUUGGCCCUCGCAGCGUGACGGCCUUUCACGAUGCGCGUGCGACUCUUCAAGGCGACGUACAGACGACGAUCGAGCAGGAGGUCUCGGCCGACGAGGCCAAUCCCGACUUUACCUCGCUCAAGACCGUCCGCACCUUUUCCCUUCCCCUUGCCCGCACCCUCCUCCUCCUGUCGUCCCUCAUCUACGAGCGCGACGACGCUCUCGUCGACGAGGCCGGCCACAUCAUCGACACGGCCCAGAAGCUGUACCAUCCGACCUCGCCUCAGUACGCUGCCGAGCUCAAGCGCGCCGAGGACCUCGUCGUCGAGAGCGAGGGCUUGAUCAAGGGCAAGGCUGCCGAGUGGGGCCUCGAGUUUGACGGCGUGAGCGACCUGACGACCGUCGGUGGGCCGCUCGCGGGCAUCUUCUUCACGCCUGCCGGGACCGCCAAGCCCUUCAUCUGCCUCGUCUUUAAAGGAACGACGCCGACGCGCUUCCAGGAGUUCCUCACGGACGCGACCAUCUCAAAGACGGGCGCGAGCGUCUUCUUCGGGCCCGGGAGCGGCAUGGUGCAUGCGGGCUUCUACUCGAACUUGUUCGUCAAGAACGACAACGGCGACGGCGGCAGCGACGGCUACGGCUCGAUCGUGCGCACCCUGCGCCACGUCGCGCACCGCAUGCAGCUCGCCAAGGACGGUGACGACAGAUCCCGCUCUGGGUCGCACGCGCUCGCGUCUUUAUGCUUCGCCCGCUUCCUCCGCUCGGAGGCCGACCUCGGGCCCGACCUCGACUUGCGCGACGCCUAUUGUUACGGCACACCUCGUCUUGGCGACGGCGCAUUCGCGAGCGCGUUUGAGCAGUCGAUCGUCACGCCGCUCGACCGCAAGAACAUCCUGUGGCGCAUCCGCAACCACCUCGACUUUGUCACGGCCAUCCCGCCCGGCCUCGGCGACCGCGAGUCGUCGCGCGACUCGCUCUCGUCCUCGUCGAUCCUCAACUUUGCGUGGCUCGGCGCCGCCGUGCGCCUGCGCCCUGCGGCGUUCCCGUUCCGCGCGCCGUACUACUCGCUCGAGCGCCUCGGAGCGUUCCACGAGGCGGUCGAGGUGCGUGUAGAGGACGUCCAGGCCGACCUCGAGCACGACCAGACCGAGGCGAGCGAGCGCGCCAAGGCGGCGUCGAGGCGACGGGCCCAGUCGGCGGCGCUCAACCCGCUCGCGUUCGCCAUGUCGCUCCUGCCGACUCCCCUCUACAACCAUCUUCCUUCUUCCUACUUCGCGCACCUCGACACGGUCUGGACGACGGCGCAGCAGCAGGCGGAGGAGCGCAUCGAGAGCGCGCAAGGGGCGAGGACCAAGGGCGGCGAGCUCGGCGACGAGGCGCACGCGAGGCUGCAGGAGAUCCGCAGGAAGGCGAGGCGGGCGGCGGGGCGAAACGGUGCUUGA